UUGUUUACAAACCACAGUAGUUGUGUCAGGAGUAAAGCUUCUUCCUGGAGUGUUGUACAGCAUGUCUCAGCCAGUGCAGCAGGUGGUGAGUGGUCAGGUUGUGCAAGGGCAGAUGGUUCAAGUUCAAGGCCAGGUGGGACAAGUGGUUUCUGGCACACAGGUCGUCAACAGUGCAGGACAGGUGGUAAUGACAACAACUUCAGGACUGACAACUAUAGGGGGCCAGCAGCUCAUGACACAGCUUGUACCAGGUCAGGCCAUGCCAGGACAGGUUGUCCACCAAGCCCCAGCUGCCAUAGGUCAUGGUGCAACACCUACCACUGGUCUGACUCAGGGUCAAAUUGUGAAUGCACAAACUGUGACAGGUGUUCAGCAAGUGGUGCAGGGCCAACAGAUACAGACAGUCAACCACCAAGUGGCCCAGCCUACCAUGGUUGCUGCAGCAACAGCGGCAGCCCCAGCACCCACCCCACAGUCUACUGCCACACCUACUGCCACAACAGUCAAGGCAGCAGGUCCAAAUCAAGCUGUUCCAGCACCCACAGCGUCAAACAAUGCUACAGCUGACACAACUGCCCCAGUCUUGAACAAACAAAGAAUUACUGAAUUAGUCAGGGAAGUUGACCCAAAUGAACAGCUGGAAGAGGAAGUUGAAGAAAUGCUUCUUGCAAUUGCUGAUGAUUUUAUUGAGUCCACUGUCAAUGCAGCUUGUCGUCUGGCAAAGCACCGAGGAGCACGUUCACUUGAUGUCAAAGAUGUGCAAAUGUACCUAGAACGUAACUGGCACAUGUGGUUGCCAGGCUUUGGGACAGAUGAGCUACGACCCUACAAAAGGGCACCAACAACAGAAGCUCACAAGCAAAGGCUAGCACUCAUUAGGAAAGCAAUUAAGAAAUAUUAAGCUUUAGAUCUCUUUGUUAAUAGUUUUAGUUUAAGUCUGCAAUUAUAUAUAUAUAUAUUUUUCCUUCCCUUUUCUUUGUUAUAUUUCAUAUGGCACAUGUCACUUAACCUAUCAUUCUAUAGAUUGUGAAAAUGUAAUGAAAAUAAAAGAUAUAUAGUGAAACAUG